AUGGAGUUGGCUAAUAUUUGUAACGCUACCAUAGCGAAGGGGAUUGCUGUUCAGAAGGACAGCUAUGGCGGUUACGGUGUGUAUAUUGUUGAUCCCGGAGCUUUAGUUGGUUGUAAUGAUCCCAAGUUGGGUGGUGAUAAAAUUGAGCUCCUCAGAGUGUCCAGUGUGUUCAAUGUGAAGAACCUUAUGGAAGCUAUGAAUGCUCUGGAAGGGGAGUAUGCCGAGGAUGGCCAAAGAGCGGCAGAUAUGUUCAAGUCAAUAAUUGGGUCUUCUAUAGAAGAAUUGAGUGCUGUGUCCGAGACGUGUCUACUGGUCUAUUUUAUGAUGGUUAUUUACCUAAUGGGAGAACAAGGGUACGCCGUUCCGAUGAAGAUAUCAAGAUAUAUUGAUACAGUGUUGUUGGGGACCACUGUGAACAAUGCAUCGAAUUGUAUUGAAUCAAUGCUGAUUCACUAUGAGCAUGUUGCUUUGUUUCACGAACUGGACAACAACUUGCAAAAACUGCAUAAGACGCUCAUAAGCAAGAUGCCUUCGAAAAAGAAUUACUCCAUAGAACUGCUGAGACAAAUAUAUAGUGCAACAGUGUCGAGAGUUCUUGAAAUUCCCCAAGAACUACAUGAAGAGAACUAUAUGGAUAAUUACGUGGUAACUCCUUCGUUGGUACCCAUUUUAGAUUACGUAAACCAUGGUGAUAAGACUUCUAGAAAUGCAUAUUAUGAUGUUGAUAGACGUAAAGGAGAUAUAAUAUUAUAUUUGGAUCUGACUGUGGUGAAUCCUGGGAAACUGAAGCCGAACACUGAAGUAUUAAUAACGUAUAAAGACAUUGAAGAUUCAUUGGCAAUGAUAACGAAGUAUGGUUUCGAUCCGGCAAAUUAUACAACUACAGGGACUAAGAUAUUCUCUUGUACAUUCGAUAAAAUGUAUCUAUCUACCAACAAGUUUGAUAAUGAGAUAGACAUCCGAAACUUUUAUCAAUGGUUUAGCAUUAAUCCUUCCUUGCAAUUUGUAUUGAACUCAGAGAAUGAAUGGCUAAUAAACGAUUCAUUAGCUGAAUUUGAAAGGUUACUGGUACCAUUUGCAACUAGCUCACAGCGCAAUGAGCAUUAUUGGAUAUACUCUGAUGGUGACGAUGCUAGGAAGAGAUUCAUGGAGUAUUUUGACAUUGAUGAGGUUGAAGAUGAAGAUGAGGCAUGGGCACAACUUGAGACACAAUUCAAAUGGUUUGAGAGCAGCGAAAAUGAUCUUAUGCCUUUCCCACCUUGUGUUUGGACUGUUAAAAGUAAAUUCUUGAAAGAAAAGGAAGCUACAGGCUAUGAGCUGGAAAAAGUAAUCCAAAAUAAGCUUGAAAAUAGCCGGGCACUCUAUAAUGAAACUACGAAUCAAUUCCAAGCUUACCUCGAAAACUACUUAGACUAUCGCAUUGAUGUUCUACAAGAAUACAGUCCCGAAGAUACUGAGAAUGAGAACGCCGUCUCGCAGCUGAUUGCCAGGGAAUUAUCUGUCCUACUUAAGAUCAGAGAUAGAAUCAACAAUAAUAAAUCAAUAUUUUUAAAUUCUGAAGACAAAAAGUAUGCAAAGCUACCUUUAUUGCCUACAAAAAACGUCGAAAGACCGCCAUGGUUAUCAGAAGGUGAUGACGAUUUCGACCAAGACUAG